AUGGAGCGCCUGGGCAUCGUGCUGGUCCUGCUGGGCGCCGCGCUGGCCCCGGGCAGCGCCUUCAACCUGGACGUGGAGCGCCCGGCCGUCUACUCGGGCCCGGCGGGCAGCUACUUCGGUUUCGCCGUGGACUUCUUCGCCCCCGACCCCUUCUCGACAUUUCUUCUGGUGGGAGCUCCAAAAGCAAACACUACCCAGCACAACAUUGUAGAAGGAGGGCAGGUGCUCAAAUGUGACUGGAACUCAAACAGGAACUGCCAGCCCAUAAUAUUUGAUGCCACAGGUAACAGAGACUUUGCUCCUAAUGAUCCGCUGGAAUUUAAGUCUCAUCAGUGGUUUGGAGCCUCUGUGAGGUCCCAAAAUGAUAAAAUUCUGGCCUGUGCCCCAUUGUACCACUGGAGAACUGAAACAAAACAAGAGAGAGAACCUGUAGGAACUUGUUACCUGCUUGCUGGGUCAAAAUUUGUGGAAUAUGCUCCAUGCAGGUCAACAACUAUUGAUGCAGAUGGACAGGGAUUUUGUCAGGGAGGAUUUAGCAUUGACUUUACAAAGGGAGACAGGGUGCUGCUUGGAGGACCUGGAAGUUUUUACUGGCAAGGCCAGCUUAUUUCUGAUCGAGUGACAGAGAUUGUGGCAAAGUACAACUCCAAAGUCUACAGUACAAAGUAUGAUGAGCAGUUAGCAACCAGACCUGCCAGUGCUGCUUUUGAUGACAGCUACUUGGGUUAUUCAGUGGCUGUUGGAGACUUCAAUGGGGAUGGCAUUGAAGACUUUGUAUCAGGAGUCCCACGAGCAGCAAGAACUCUGGGCAUGGUGUCCAUUUACAAUGGGAAGAAUAUGUCUUCCAUGUACAACUUCACUGGAGAGCAGAUGGCUGCCUAUUUUGGGUAUUCAGUGGCUGCCACAGAUAUCGACGGGGACAAUUACACAGAUCUGUUUAUUGGAGCCCCUCUUUUCAUGGACCGAAGUUCAGAUGGGAAGCUUCAGGAGGUUGGCCAAGUCACCAUCUGCCUGCAGCAAGCCUCGGGAGGCUUUCACACGGCCAAGCUGAACGGCUUUGAGAUCUUUGCGAGAUUCGGCAGCUCCAUCGCACCCCUGGGGGAUCUGGAUCAGGAUGGCUUCAACGAUAUUGCAGUUGCUGCUCCAUAUGGUGGAGAGGACAAGAGAGGACUUGUGUAUAUCUACAAUGGAGGAGCCAGUGGUUUGAAUGCUGUCCCAUCCCAGAUCCUGGAAGGACAGUGGGCUGCUCGCACUAUGCCCCCCAGCUUUGGGUACUCACUGAAAGGAGCCACAGAUGUGGACAAAAAUGGAUAUCCAGACUUGAUUGUUGGAGCCUUUGGUGUUGACACAGCUGUUCUGUACAGAGCUAGACCAGUUAUUAGAGUAAAUGCUGCCCUGGAAGUUAAUCCAACCAUUCUAAACCCAGAAAACAAAGCCUGUUCACUGGGAGAUGUGAAAGUUUCUUGCUUCAAAGUAAAGUUCUGCUUAAAAGCGGAUGGCAAAGGAAAGCUCCCGAACACACUCAAUUUCCAGGUGGAGCUGCUGUUGGACAAACUGAAGCAGAAAGGAGCUAUAAGGAGAGCUCUCUUUCUCCACAGCAAACAGCCCAACCACUCCAAGAACAUGACAAUUACAAAGGGGGGAAAAAUGAACUGUGAGGAACUUGAUGCCUUCUUGAGGGAUGAAUCUGAGUUCAGAGAUAAGCUGACUCCCAUUACAAUUUUUAUGGAAUAUCGUCUGGAUUACAAAACAGCUGCAGAUGCAACAGGAUUGCACCCUAUCCUCAACCAGUUCACUCCUGCUAACAUGAGCAGACAGGCCCAUAUUCUGCUGGAUUGUGGGGAUGACAAUAUCUGCAAACCAAAGCUGGAGGUGUCAGUCGAAAGUGAUCAGAAGCAGAUCUAUAUUGGUGAUGACAAUCCCCUGACCCUCAUUGUCAGUGCUCAGAACCAGGGGGAGGGAGCCUAUGAAGCAGAGCUCUUUGUUGUUGUUCCACCCCAAGCAGAUUUCAUCGGAGUUGUUCGUAACAACGAGGCUUUAGCCAGACUGUCGUGUGCUUUUAAAACAGAGAAUCAGACUCGCAUGGUAGUUUGUGACCUGGGCAACCCCAUGAAAGCAGGAGCUAAGCUCUUGGCUGGCCUGCGUUUCAGUGUGCACCAGCAGUCUGAGAUGGACACCUCUGUCAAGUUUGACUUGCAAAUCAGGAGUUCCAACCUGUAUGACAACCUGAGCCCAGUAGCAUAUUAUCAGGCUGACCUUGCUAUUUUAGCAGCUGUUGAAAUUAGAGGUGUGUCGUCCCCUGAUCACAUAUUCCUCCCUAUUGCAAACUGGCAGCCAAAGGAGAAUCCCCAAACAGAAGAUGAGAUUGGGCCUCUAGUUCAGCAUAUCUAUGAGCUGAGAAACAAUGGUCCAAGUGCAUUCAGCAAGGUGAUGAUGACUCUGCAGUGGCCUUACAAAUAUAAAAACAACACGUUGUUGUAUAUUAUGCAGUAUGAAAUUGAUGGCCCCAUGAACUGCACUUCUGACAUGGAAAUCAACCCACUGAAAAUUAAGAUUUCUGCUUCCAAGGAUGAUGACAGGAAUGAAACACUUGGCAGGGAAGAUCAUCGUGACCACCGCAUCAGCCGAAGGGACUUGGCUGCCGGGGAGGGGGACGUGCACACUUUGGGCUGUGGAACUGCUGACUGUUUGAAGAUUGUCUGUCAAGUUGGCCACCUGGAAAGGGGAAAGAGUGCAAUAUUGUAUUUAAAAUCACGCCUUUGGACCCAAACUUUCCUGAAUAAAGAAAAUCAGAAUCAUUCCUACUCUCUCAAAUCAUCUGCUUCUUUCAAUGUCAUAGAGUUCCCUUAUAAGAACCUUUCCUUUGAAGAUAUUCACAAUUCUACAGUAGUUGCUACAAAUAUUACAUGGGGCAUUCAACCACAGCCCAUGCCUGUGCCAGUGUGGGUUAUAAUUUUGGCUGUCCUAGCAGGGUUACUGCUCCUGGCUGUUCUAGUGUUUGUCAUGUACAGGAUGGGCUUUUUCAAACGUGUGAGGCCACCUCAGGAAGAACAAGAAAGAGAACAACUGCAACCACACGAGAAUGGGGAAGGAACAUCAGAAGCUUAAGCAGAGUUUUAUCUGUUAGACAUUCUGAAAUGUACACUUGCCUACAUCUUGGUUACAAAUAUUGGCUUCCCCCUUCAUAAACAAGCACUCACCACUGCAGAGCUGCUGGUCUCAGAAGGCAUCAGCAAAACAAGGGCAAUACACUUAAAUCCUCCCUCCUGUAUUAAUCCUGUUCCUACCUGCCACUAACGCAUCUGCACUGACCCUGUGUGACAAACUCAAGUGAGAGUAGAGCUGGGAUUCUGCUUUCUGGCAUACAGGAAACAUCAUCUUUUCUGGUUCAUGUACUGACUCUCCAUGAAUUGCUAUGCAGAUUCUGCAUUUGCUCUUGGAGCCAACAGCCUCCAGAGGUGCUUGCUGCAUUACAUGUUUAGUUUUGGUUGGUUUUUGCUGGAGUACACUACAUUUCAUUGCCCAGCUCUUGAAAGUCAGUUGCACAAAAAAAGAGAAGAAUGUAGCUUGUUUUACAGUACUGCGGAAUGUUCUUUACCCAUUAGCUGUGAUGAUGAUUUUUUUCUUCUGCUCAAGAAAUAGGAAAUAGUCAAGUGGAAUCAUUCACAUCUGAUCCCUGUUCCCUUGCCUACUCAGUCAUCUGUCUUGUGGUUUCCCUGUAGACCUUACAAAUUCUGUUCUCCAGGUCCUGGGUGUCUUACUGUAGGGAUUGAGCCUACAAACACCAAGUGACUCAUAGAAAUGUGGGGCUGAUGUACUUUCUGUAGGACUUGGGGAAAAGAUUCAGGGCAAGAUCCCAAGACUCUGCUAUGUAUUUCCACAGAGCAGGAUCCAGAUGUUCCACUGAGUUCUUGGCAGCAUGGAUGCAUUCAUGCACUGUCAGGGCCAAGAUGGUGGGCUGAGGCUGCCAACAGACAUGUCUGAGAAAACCCUUGAUGUCCACAAGUCAAACCUCUGCAGGGUUUGAAGUGAAGGCUGUGCAUUACUUGGACUGUAUUUUGGUUUCCAGCAGAAAGCAGGGACACUGUGUGACAGGUUGCUGGUGCGCUGUAGGGAGCUGUUAAUCCUCACUUUCCCUGCUUGACCAUGCCCAGGUGCAGGAUGGAGUGGUGCUGGGUCUGUGUGGUCCAGGCUGUCUGCCAGCCACGUCCAUGGAUCUGCAUUACAGCUGUGCUUUAGCCACACCCUCACCUCCCUCACCUCCUGUCCUCAGAGGACAGGGAGUCCAAUGAAACAGGGAAGAGCUGGCAGUGCACAAGGGUUCGAAAAGUAAGGGUUGAUUUGGAUUGUUUCAUUUCACUCAUUCCUUGCUUCAUUGGCUUGUGUCAUCUGAUUCAUUCAUUGUUUCAGUCGCUGCAUGUUUCAUUGCACAAGACAUUUCAUUGCACAGGACAUUUCAUUAUGUUCAAUGCAUUUCAUUACCAGAAAAGACACUAAGUAUUUUGAUUCAUUGUUGUUUUUUGGGUUUACUCUCAGCUUAUUUCCCCCACCACUGGUGUAGUAAAAGGAAACUUCUUACACUGAUUGACACAAGAGCAUUGUCUAUGCAUUUCAGUAGACAAGUACCUGCAGAGCAAGAGGUUGUUCAGCUGGCAGCUAUAGGUUGCACAGAAGUGGACAUACUUAAACCAUUACUAAGGUGCCUUCUAUGAGGUAUGUUUAUUCUCUUUUCUAAAAAGGGAAUAAAUUGCAGCAUAAACUCCCUGCAGCCAGGUACACAAAGGAAGAAAUCUACUGUACUUACAUCAGUGAGAUGUCUAUGUAGACAAGGUCUUAAAAGGGCAAAAACUCUGGUUUGGUUUUGUACCUUGGGGCUUUUGUUCACAGCUGCAUCUCCCCCAUAAAUACAGCAGUGCCCGCUAAACCCAGAAUUUUCUGAAAUGAGCAGUGUGUUUCAACUCUUUCAACUCUCUGCAUCCUUUCAGAGAUUUAAAAUCCACCAAUGGCUUUUGUUGUUAUUUACAUUCCUGGUUGCUGAUCCGUGAUGGCACCUGAGCCCUUAAAGGAUACAGCAGAGUCUGGGGGGCCAGUGUGUUCACCAGAUAUAGGCUUGCAUAUUUAUCCAUUGACAUGGGUUGGGUUUAGACAGUUUGUUUAGAUAAAAUUAGUUUACAUGAAAGGGUAUAGGGCAUAAUUCUGCUUUCACUGAACUUUCAAGAUCUUCAGUGUGGCCAAUGUUUUAUUUUUGUCUUUAUUUUAGUAUUGUUACUAGUAAUGUAGUAGAGAAUCAGGAGUCAGGCUUUGAUCCUGGCCUCAAAAUGUGACUUUGAUAGAACAGCAUUUUCAGUUACUUACGUGGGCUUGUGUUCUCACACUUUAUCAGCUGAUUAUUUAUGUGCAAGGAGAUGGGUUUUACCCAGUCUUAAUCUUGGUAGGGUAAGAGGUUUAAGAGACUGCCAGACAGAUUAUAGCUCUAAUUCCUACAUGUGUGCUUUCAUUACAUGUACACUCCACGGUGACUUGAAAUUUCUUAGACUACUUGCAUGUGUAGGCAUUAUUAGGAGAUGAAAAAGAGUAUUUAAAAAAAGCACGGUCAAGAUCCCUCCUUCUUACAUGGAUGGGGAUCCCAUAGCAUUGCUAGUAUCAGUGCUAAUUACAUCCUAAUUUUGCUGUGGCAACUGGAAACUCUCAUUUUGCUGAUUUUCAGGAUAAGGAGGUACAUUUUAUUGGUACAGCUACUGUAGCUACCUAUGGAAAGUAUAUUCCAUUUUUGAAGUCACAUAAAGUAAGACUUAUUUAAGUGAUUUUUAUUACUUACCUUCUAUUGGAGAAUGAAAGCAAAUGGUUGCUUCUUCCAUGUCCAUUAAUUUCCAGUUUGGUUAAAAAAACAGUAGCAUGUGUAAAUGGAGUAUAGAGGUUACUUAGUGAGCAUAGAUGUAACACCUCAAAUUCAACUUAAAGCAACAUUUGUGUUUCACAGAGAUUCCAAUUGGAAAUUUUACUGAGUGGGGGUGCAGGAAACUUUUGAUAGUGUGUUCUAGAUUCAGUAAUAAGAUUCCAGAUUAUGUAUGUACUUGUGUCAAUAGAAAUUUCACACUGAUUUACAGGCAUUGAUUCUUGUAUUCUUACAGCAAGUACUGUAGAAUGAUGUUAAAGCAUUUAAAGAAACUUUAGAAAAUUUAUUUUAGAAUGAAAUUAAUGCCUUUGAGUCAAAAUUGUAUGCAUAAGAUGCAUACUGGAAGCAUUUAAAAAAUACAGGUACACUAACAGAGAAUUAGUCUUCUUCUGAGAGUUAUGUUUCAGGAGCAGAUUUUUAAUGAAUAUAAAAUCAACAGCUAUGUAAUUAUUUAGACAAUAAAAGCAUUUUAAAAGCACUGUAUCUUUUAUAAUGAAAUAUGAAAUUGUAAGUAUUCCAGUUUGCAAUUAAUGCAUCUCACGAUCAACAUUGAAAAGUGAUUUAUAUUACAGAAUUCAUAUUAUCUAUUACUAUAUUUGACAAUAUUUAGAAAAUUUAAAGCAAGGAACCUAAUUCAUAGGUUUACAUUUCUUUCAAGAAACUAUGAAAUUGUGGAAAUUCCUUUUGUUUAAGCAUGACUGUAAAGUCAAAUAUGGGCUGUACUUAUCAACAUAAUUUGAAAUCUUUCCAUAAGUUUGCCAGCAUUGUUUGCCAAGUUAUCAGGGUUUUUUCCGUUUUAAAUCUUGAUUUACACAUUGAUCUCUAAUUCACAUAAUGCUUGUGGAAACUUUCUAAAGUUUGCUACAUGUGCUCUUUCUUUAUAAAACAUUUAUUCCAAGCAAAGAUAUUAAAUAUUUAGUUGUUUCUAAACUUGUGUCCAUGCUUAAAUAGUCUCAAAGUGUAUUUUGAAAAUACUUCAGCUAUGAUCAGAGUGGUGAUUUGAAGGAAUCACUUAGAUUUUUGCAGCAUUUGGGUUGGUUGUUGGUGACAGAACCCUGCAGUAUUUUUUCCUGCACCCUCCCAAACAGUCACAGAGCAGCAUCGUGCUGGUGAAAAUCAAGGCAGUUUUUUGUCUUUGCUCCAGACUAACGUGACCCUUUGAAUGUGAUCCUUUGUGUUCAAUGCUGCUGGCUGUUAACGAGUCGGGGGAAAAAAAAAGUAUUUUAUUAAAGAAAAACAGGAAUCCAAAAAUAAAAAAAAAAAGGGGAAUGGCAGGGCCCAGGUGAGCCAGAUGCCACAGCUGGGGCCGUGGUUCUUGCUGAGCUCUGGUGACUCCUGUGGGUGGGAGUGGGAUCUGAACUCUUUGGUACUGAAUCUUUAGCCUCCAACCCCCACGUGCAGUAUGACAUGGUCUGACCUGGUUCACUGCCAAUCCUCUGCCCAGUUUUUUUUUGGCCCAAGAAGGACCACGGUGUUUCUUUUUUUGUGCAGACAUUAUUUGUGAGGACAGUGUUGGUGAGGACGUGACAGAGCCAGCGUGCUUGCUGGAGGUGGUGAAUUAAUGCUAUUGCAAGUCUUUGAUCACCCACAUUGGGUGAAGCUUGAUGUAUAUUCUGAAGUGUAGUACUAACUAGUCCUGUACUAACUCGUGAGUUCUUGAGAACUGCUACCACCUUCCUUAAGCCCACUGUGGAAAAUUUGACUAGAGACUGUACAAUAAAGGGGUUGAGUCUGUAGUACUACUGCUGUUUCAUGUGAUUGUGGUAUUUGGGUCUAUUUUGUCCCGAUGUGUAGAAUUUUAACAUAACACAGGAAAUCUAACCUUUCAUGCAAUGACUUUCUCCACACAUGCUGCAUUAAAGGUGAAUAACUUGACCCUUGGCUUUUGCAAAGUAAUGGAAGUUUUCAUUUAGCAUUUACAUGUUCAAAAAACUUACAGGUUUUGCUUUUCUAGUCCGUGAAGGAAACCUGUAUUUGCUAUGAUACAAAUACGCUGAAAAUGUAACAUUUUAUUUCUUCAUAAUGGAUUUUUUUGCCUUUUUUUUGUGUUUGCUCGUGCGUUAAAUCAGUAGAGCAUUAUUUGCACAAGCAGAAAAUUAACAUAGUAAUGACAGUGUUGCAUUUUAUGUUCCUUUGUCAUGCAGUAAAUACUUGCAGCAUAAAUGGGAAUAUUUUCAGUUACUAUGAACUUGUUUCAAAGGUCUUCGGUACAUUUAAGGAGAGCAAUAUACAUUUGAAGUCACCUUAUUUUGUAUUAAAUUAUAAAUUGUGCAAAGAAGUGGGUAUUGUGGCACAGUAAUUUUGUACUGAUAUGAAAUAUAUAGCUAUUAAAGCUAUAGUUUGCUUUUUAACUCAUUCUUUUCAUCCUAAUGCAAAUUUGAGUGUUUUUAUUAGGUUGUAUUUUUCUAUGUAUAUAUACAAUUUCAAAAUACUAUGA